ACUUUGAAAGCUCUUUUCGUUAUUUUACAUUUGUUUUUUGGGAAGGAUACUUCUUCAGGCUCUCAAUGAAUCCGGAUGUCUUUUUUCCUGAUCUCUCCUCCAUGUGAGCAUUUUGGGUGCAUUCAGUGAAAUCAUGCGUCGACUUCUCUAUGUGCAUGUAUUCCUAUGCUGCCUCAGUAUGGCUCGUCCCUUCUGUCCAUCCCAGUGCACCUGUGUCUUCCAUGGACGUACUGAUGGAACAGGAACAAGAUCUGUGCUCUGCAAUGACCCAGACAUGUCCGAUAUCCCUGUCAAUGUCCCAGUGGAUACGAUUAAACUUCGUGUUGAGAAAACUGCUGUACGCCGAAUUCCAACUGAAGCUUUUUACUACCUGGUGGAUUUACGGUACCUCUGGAUUACUUACAAUUCCAUAACCUCUGUGGAUACUGGAAGUUUCUACAACCUCAAAGUGCUACAUGAGUUGAGGCUGGAUGGAAAUAUGAUCUCUAUGUUCCCUUGGGAGUCUCUAAAAGAGAUGCCCAGGCUGAGGACACUGGAUCUACACAACAACAGACUCACCAGUGUUCCCACUGAAGCUAUCCCCUACCUCCUCAACAUUACUUACUUGGAUCUAUCCAGCAACAAAUUAGCAACCCUGCCAUCUGAUCUCAUGGAUAUCUGGCCGCCCUUCAAUGGAGCACCCAUCUCUACUAAUGCCUCCCAGAAAAUUGUGUUAGGCCUCCAAGAUAAUCCCUGGUUCUGUGACUGUAAAAUCUCCAAGCUGAUUGAGCUUUCCAAAAUGGCAGACACACCAGUGGUUUUGAUGGACCUAUUCCUGACCUGCGGUGGACCAGAGAAUCUGGCUGGUGUUCUUUUUCAGCGUGCUGAACUUGAUAAUUGUGUAAAACCAUCAGUCAUGACUUCCGCAACCAAGAUCACAUCUCCUUUGGGCAGCAAUGUUCUCCUUCGAUGUGACGCAACAGGGUUUCCGACACCAACUCUUUACUGGGCUAAGUCAGAUGGCUCACCAGUCAACAACACAGUUCAGGAGUCACCUGCGGAGGGCAUAAGAUGGUCCAUCAUGAGCUUGCACGGAAUAUUGUACAAAGAUGCUGGGGACUACAGUUGCAAAGCUAAGAAUGUUGCUGGCAACGCAGAUGCCACCAUUUCUAUCUCUAUUGCUGGUACCAUCAGCACCACCAUCCCUCCACUGAGGCCAAGCACUGGAACUGGACCAACCAGCCAAGGCACAACAUUUACUCCGCCAACAGACAUUCCCAACUUGCCCUUGUUAACGUCCACAGUUCUCCCAAGAACAUCAACGACACUAUCUGCUGUCCCCAAGAAGCCGAAAACUACCCCCAGCAAUGGUUUACAGAAAGGCUCAUUCAAACAAACAAAGACCCAGCAAGGAGGGAGAAAGCUUGCGGCAGAUGAAAAGAGCAAAAAAAGUGAUGCAUCUAAGUCUAUCAAAGACCUAAGGAUUGUAGAGGAAACAUCUGACAGUGCAGUGUUGCUCUGGGCAGCAGAUGGACUGCCAAAUGAUGCCCCUCUUACAGUUGUAUAUUCACCCUAUGGUGAGGAUGACGUCAAAAGGACAGAGGAGACAAAUGCUGGCAGUGGAAAAAUACUCCUAGAGGGACUGUCUUCUGGGAUGAGGUACUCAGUUUGCCUCAUAGCAAAAGGUAGUGAUUCUGGAAAAGACCCUUGCAUUGACUUCUACACACUGGACAAUGUAGAGGAUAGUGGGCCGAAUCAACUUUUCAUCAUCAUAAGUGGUAUUGCCUGUGCUUUAGUUUUGUCGCUUAUUGCUCUGUUGAUCUACAAGAUUCUCGCUCUCUACUGCAAAGGACACAACACAGCUUUGGAUGAAGAGGAGCUUGAAAAGGACAGCUAUGUGAAGUUUGAGACAAUUUCAAUGAAACAAAGAACUUUGACCUCUCACCCAACUGAGCUUUGGGCAAGGAGAGCGACCCAUGAAUCAGAGCGAAUGCUCCUGUGCUCCAGGUCAAGCAUAGACUCCCAGAUGACCUAUAAAAGUGACAGUUCCCGGUCUGAGUAUCUCUGCUGACGUAAGGAAACCGUGGGCAAUGCCUGAAUGCCACAUUAGAAACACAUAUGAAAUUUCUUUAUAUGCCUUUUAUGAAACUGAUAAUAUAUUAACUACAAUAUCAUUUAUACAUCUUUAUAAAUAUUAAUUUUUUCACAUGUGGGGUGAUAAGGCACUGAUUGACUGUAAUAUAAUGGUUUAGCCCAUUCAUUCUCCAUUUCCAAUCAACUAUCAAUUUAUAAAGAUUUAUAUAAUGAUUUAGAAAAGCUUAGUAAACAUGAAAACAUGCCCUGGAAGUUGUUGGUAAAAACUCAGAUUAGUCAAUAACUGUCUGAUGUUUUUUAUCCAUGUCCUUAUUUCUUUGGAGCCUUAUAUUUGAUAAAGACAUUUCAAUAGUUGUCACUUCAGCACAGCACCUUUGUUGGACUGAAUUAUAAAUAGUACCAUACAAAGAGCCUGUAAGUUAACUGUGUGUGGUGUUCAAUGUUAUAUUCAAUGCCAAAGUUUAAGUGUCAGAUAUGAAUAUCAUGUGGUGGUGUCAAAAAGACCCAUUACCCAUUCCCCAUCACAUUCACAACAUCACUGUUGCUUUAUACAUCAAGUUGAUUGUUGCCUUACUGGACAAGCAAGCACUGUCAGUGUGUUUGAUAGAAUAUGUGACUCAUCUGAUAAACAUUGCCAGUUUCUAUGACUUUAUGUAUACGUUUGUUUAUAAGUGGAGUUGUACAUUUGUUUUUAAUAAACCAUUAAUUAAA